CAGGGCAGCAUCCAUUCCCGAGGCUCAGGACCUUUCCCGCUCCUCCUCCAAUGCUAGCAGCUUUGCCAGCGUAGUGGAGGAGCACGAAGCAGACGAGGAGUACGACACUGGACUGGAAAGUGUGUCUUCUUGUGUUACGCCACUCAAGAAAGACUCAUUUGUGUACAGCUCUGCAGUGGAAGACAGUGCGUGCGGUACCAGCCAGGGGAGUUUUCCAGCAGCUUCUCAUCUUCAGCAGCAACUGGAUGGAGUGAAGACAUCAGAGCCAAAAGGGACAGACAGCCAGUCCAAGACAGAUCACCCCUCACAGGAGCACAAGUUCUCAUCGAACUGUUAGCCAUACUCCUCUGAUAGCUACAUCAACGUCCGUUUUCAGACGAGAAGCAGAACUAGAAGCCAGAUCAAGAGACUGACGGAUCUGCUUUUGUAUGUUUGUCAUGGAUUUGCUGCCUGUAAUGACAGACCCCCAGCUCCAUGGACAUGUACCUACCUAUCGCCCUCAUUCCAGCUCCAUGCGGAACCCUCCUUGAAUGCUCAAGGCAAAGGAAACCUCCACACCCAUGCAGCAUCACUAUUGACUGUCAGCUGGUUUAGCAGAAUAAAUCUGGCUGUCUGCUCAUUCUUCAGGCCAGUAAGCUCUGAAACCUGAUUCUUACUGUAAACACUACAGAUCAGGAUUAGAAGAGGGGUUUAAUGUUACGACUAAAAGAGUGGUAAGGUGAAAAAGAGACAGACAACUGGUGUUUGUUUAGCUUGUGAAACAGCGGGUCUAUAGAGAGGAUAAUUGCACUAGAGAGGAAACUGUUUUUUAAUGUCAACCUUACAUCCCACUGUGAUAUUGUACAUGGGUUAAACUUUGAUGUACCGGGUGUGUGGGUGGCUGUCUGUCAGGCCACUACUUGUGUUUUAUUGAAUUUAUUCUUCUUCUGAGUAUUCUGCACUGUCAUGUUUGACGACAGCUUCAGUAUAUCUGUCAUGUUUUUGAUGGAGGGUACUUCUGAGAUGCUGUUGUUGGUGGCUGUAAUAGCAUCAGUCACCUUCCUCCUAGGUGCGUGAAGGGAGAAAUAACUGCAUUUUUUAGAUUCAAAUUUAGAGUUUACAGUAUGUCUGUAGAAAGAACAUUUUAACAGAACUGUAGACUCCAUCAAUGCUAUAUAAUUAGAGUAAAGUGCAUAAUUACAGUAGUGCCCCAACCAGCAACAUGCAUCCUCAUUCUCCCCUUCAAGGUACUGCUGUUUAGACCUUUGUCUCCAAAUACUGUUUGUCACACACCACUUGUUGAUUUGAUGUCUGUGUACAGGUGUGUGUAUACAACGGUACUGUGCAUGGUGUAAAUCUGCUUGGCAAAAACCCUCCUCUGUACACUGGUGCCAUGCUUGACAUAGAGGUGUUGUCCCUGUGAUUUGUGUUUUAUUGAAAACCAGCCGACAUCUCCAGAUGCAGUGCACAUUGCUGGUAGAGAGCCAAAUGCCACAGUUUCCUACUUUAUUUGUUAAGUGUAAUAUAUGUGCGUGACAUAAGCACUACAUUACGAAGUCCAAAAUACUUACCUUUUGAAAAACCUGAUUUGUUGCUGAAUAAGAAUUACACUGUGACUCGUCUUGAAGUUGCCUUUCUAAUGAUUGUGUCGUGUGAGCUGCUUUGAAGGACAGUCAUAUUUAAAGGCACUGCAUUGCCAACUGGCUUGAAUGUAAAACUAGGCGGAUAUGUAUUUAUUUGUACAUAUCUGCGCCAAUGAAUGGUGAUUUGGUGUUGACUCCUGACCACAGUAAACUUGAGUCUGCAACAUCUCACCUCUCCUGAGCGGAGAAGCUUUUUCCUAUCUUCGGUUUGUUAUGAAAGGAAGAACUGAUACAUGAAGUUGUUUUAUUUCAGUGAUACAACUGAAGCGGACAUGAGAUUUAUUGUCUGUAGUAAAUUAAUGACAGCAUUUACAGUUUGUGAAAGUACAAAAGAGUUAAGACACCGAACCAAAUGCAAAACAGCUGUAAUCAUCAAGCUGUUUAUAGCUACAAUUUUCUUGGAACAAAGUAACAUGUUGCAUUUAACGCUACAGGAAAAUGGCAUAGAAAAAAAAAAAGUAUUUGGACUGUAAUUAAUUUCUGUAAUAAUAACACAUUUGUAUAUUACAGCCUUUAAAAUUGAUUUGGGAUCAUUUCAAAUGAUUUUCCUCUGGACUUUGAGUAGAUGAAGUACGCCCUCUUAUGGCUCUGUAUUAUUAAAGCAUAUGUGGUACCAUUCAUCUAACUGUGCUUGCACUGUAUGCCAACAGCUGGUCCAAACCACAGCAGGAUUGCAAGUGAAUCUUCUAUGUGCUCGAUUCAAAUGAUUGUAUUUUCUGUUCUUGUCAACAGUCUGCUUAAGCCCUUGUUCAAAAGAUUUGUUUGUAUAUAUUGCUUUUCAUCAUUUUGUAAAUAAAACCAACAAAAAUGUUUAAUAAAGAUAAAGAUGCAUACAGUA